GCUUUGCUCGCGUGCCGGUGGUCCGGAGUUCAAAUCCUACCGCCGGCAAGAACAACUAGACAUUUUUAAAAUUUUUAUAGGCCCCAGGUCGACUCAGCCUGAAUAAAAUGAGUACCUUGGGUAAAACCAGGGGUAAUAAUAGGCGGUUGAAGCGUGGCACGCUGUUGAAGGUGGUUGAAGGUGUUACCUUCCUUGUAUACCGUAGGCCCUAGAUAUUCGCUCUGAGCGUUAACAAAGUGUCAAAACAAAAUCGACCGACCUGCUCAUGGUGGCGGUUUUUUGAAAUUUUAUCAGGACGCUUUGUGUAUGUUUAAAUGAGACAUUUAAUAAAAAUUCCUUGUCACGCUAGUGAUAUUAUGUAUUAAUAUAAACAGAAAAUAAAAACGCACUUAAUCUGAUAUAAAUUCUUCUAUUUCCAAUAUUGAUUAUCAGUUUGAUUUUGUAUACAUAACCUCACUAUCGCAGUUUAUGUCAAUAAAUCUUUAUUAACGAAAAAGAAAAUAUUUUUGUUGCACUAUAAAUUACAGUAUAAAUUAAUAACUAAUGAAUUCUAACAAUUGUAUUCGGUUAUUAUCACUACAAAAUAAAAUAUUCAAGUUUAACAAAAUAAUCCCAUAAGACUCAAUGUUAAAACGUCCUGACAAAAUCUGACAGUGUGUCACGUGACUGUAAGUAGAGGGGAGACGCACGGAGCCAAUAGCAGACUACCCUGCUAUACUCCCAAAGCCACGUGAGCGGUAUAAAACGGGAGACUAUUCAUAUUACCUUUAUCAAUGCAAUAAUUCAUAUGGGUAAAUGUCAACGUUAAAGUGAACUUUAGUUGAUGUUUAACCAUAGAGUUAUAUAUUAGCAUAGAGAGAGUGUCAUUCAGAGCGAAGUGACGACACCAUCUUUUUUCUUUGGAUUAGUGCUGUUUCACUCUUACGCAUAGUAAAGCUGCUGCAGUUGUCCUCCUCUUCCGUGCCUAUAUUCAGACUGAAUGUCAUCAUAGAUUUUCGAUACAAUGUGUUAGAAAGAGAUGCAGCAAACCAGUCCAUGAGAUCUUGUCGUCAGGAAGCGCGGAAGGUUGGCUCCCUCUAUGUUAAUAUAUACCUCUAUGGUCUGAAGUGUUUGCAAAUUUGCAAGUUCAAGUUUAAUUUAACCUUUAAUCAGUUCUCGUUUUCAGUUUUAAUUUUAGUGCAUAGUGCAUUUUAAGGCCCUAAUUCUGUAAAUUCUAAAUAGUCAUUGCUCACUUGCUUAGUUUGUUAGCUAUGGAAUUUAAAGUUGAUAUUAAGGAAGAAUUUGUUGAAUAUAAUGAAACGUAUGUAGGGAAUCAAGUAUUCACAUCAACAGGUAUUGAAGGUUUCAAGAAUGAACCAAAGGAUAGGUCAGCAAUGGAAGUGAAAGCUGAAAUUAAGAAAGAAUUUGUUGAAUAUAAUGAAACGUAUGUAGGGAAUCAAGUAUUCACAUCAACAGGUAUUGAAGGUUUCAAGAAUGAACCAAAGGAUAGGUCAGCAAUGGAAGUGAAAGCUGAAAUUAAGAAAGAAUUUGCUGAAGAUCAACAAGGAUAUGUAGAGAGUCAACUGACUACAUCCCUAGAUCUUGGAGACUUAAAGAAUGAAACAGACGAAGAUAACUCAGGGUUUUCCAAGGAGAAGGGAAUGAAAACCAUGAACACAUUACCUGAUACUUCAUGCAACGAAGAACGACAAAUAAAUCCAAAAUCAGGAAAAGAAACUUUCAAAAACUCAAAUUGUUCUAAACAUUGUUCUUACAAAAACAAAUUAAAUAAAAAUACAAAACUUUUGACUAGAGAAGGACUUCAUCAAAGUGAAAUAGGCUGUAAGCAAUUUUCUCAAAAAGAUCGUUUGGAAUUUGUCACAUGCAAGUGUGAAAUUUGUUUUAAACAAUUUUCUACAGCAGGGUUUUCCAAUGAGAAGGGAAUGGAAAUCAUGAACCCAUUACCUGAACCUUCAUGCAUCGAAGAACAACAAAUAAGUCCAACAUCAGGAGAUAAACCUUUCAAAAAUUCGAUUUGUUCUAAAAAAUUUUCUUACAAAAAUAAAUUAAAUAAGAAUGCAAAAAUUCUGACCAGAGAAGGACUUCGUCAACGUGAAAUAGACUGUGAGCAAUUUUCUCAAAAAGAUUGUUUGAAAUGUGUCACAUACAAGUGUGAAAUUUGUUUUAAACAAUUUUCUACAGCAGGGUUUUCCAAUGAGAAGGGAAUGGAAAUUAUGAACCCAUUACCUGAACCUUCAUGCAUGGAAGAACAACAAAUAAGUCCAACAUCAGGAGAUAAACCUUUCAAAAAUUCGAUUUGUUCUAAAAAUUUUUCUUACAAAAAUAAAUUAAAUAAGAAUGCAAAAGUUCUGACCAGAGAAGGACUUAAUCAACGUGAAAUAGGCUGUGAGCAAUUUUCUCAAAAAGAUCGUUUGGAUUGUGUCACAUACAAGUGUGAAAUUUGUUUUAAACAAUUUUCUACAGCAAGUAAUUUGAAAAUACAUUUAAGACUGCACACUGGGGAAACACCUUACAAGUGUGAAACUUGUUUUAAAGAGUUUCCUCAGAAAGGUCAUUUGAAAACACAUUUGAGAGUGCAUACUGGAGAAACACCUUACAAGUGUGAAAUUUGUUUUGAGCAGUUCAGACAUAAAAUAUCUUUGGUUACGCAUACGAAAGUUCACACUGGAGAAGCGCCUUACUACAAGUGUGAAAUUUGUUUUAAACAGUUCAGACAUAAAAUAUCUUUGGUUGCGCAUACGAAAGUUCACACUGGAGAAACGCCUUACAAGUGUAAAAUUUGUUUUAAGCAGUUCGCUGCAGGAAGUUCUUUGAAAACACACUUGAGACUGCACACUGGAGAAACUCCUUACAAGUGUGAAAUUUGUUUUAAACAGUUUGGCAGAGCAAGUGUUUUAAAAGACCACCUGAAAAUACACACUGGAGAAAAAUCUCACCAGUGUGAAAUUUGUUUUCAGAAGUUCAGACAUAAAAUUUCUUUGGUUGCGCAUACGAAAGUUCACACUGGAGGAAGUUCACACCCUUACAAGUGUGAAAUUUGUUUUAAGCAGUUUAGCCAAAAAAGUAAUUUGAAAGCACACUUGAGACUGCACACUGAAGAAACUCCUUACAAGUGUGAAAUUUGUUUUAAGCAGUUUGCCCAAAAAAGCUAUUUAAAUGGGCAUAUGAGAGUUCAUACUAGAGAAAAACCAUAUAAAUGUGAAAUUUGUUUUAAGCAGUUCAGACAAAAGUUUGCUUUGGAUGAACAUACGAAAGUUCACACUGGAGACAAGCCUUACAAGUGUGAAAUUUGUUUUAAGCAGUUUAGCCAAAAAAGUAAUUUGAAAAUACACUUGAGACUGCACACUGGAGAAACUCCUUACAAGUGUGAAAUUUGUUUUAAGCAGUUUGCCCAAAAAAGCAAUUUAAAUGGGCAUAUGAGAGUUCAUACUAGAGAAAAACCAUAUAAAUGUGAAAUUUGUUUUAAGCAGUUCAGACAAAAGUUUGCUUUGGAUGAACAUACGAAAGUUCACACUGGAGAAAAGCCUUACAAGUGUGAAAUUGUUCAAGAAAUUUACAAGAAAUAUAAUGUAUGAAAAAUUAAUUGAUCUAAGUUGUCCUUUACCUGUCAAUUUAAACGAAAUUAUUUUUCCAAAAAAUAAGCAGACGUUAAAAUGUCUUUACGAAUAUGUAACGUCCUGUAAAUUUAAAUUUUAAAUAGGCUUAGAUAUUAAAAUUAAAAAUUGUAUCCAUUAAUAUAUUAUAACACCCUGUAAAUUUAGAUUAUAAGUAGGCCUAGAUAUUAAAUUAAAAAUUAUUAUUGUAAUACCAUACAAAAAACAAAUAGUCUGGCUAAUUGGCUAAAGCCAAAGCCAUUAUAAAAAAAGUGUGAAAUUUGUUUUCAGCAGUUCAGACAUAAAAUUUCUUUGGUUGCGCAUACGAAAGUUCACACCCUUACAAGUGUGAAAUUUGUUUUAAGCAGUUUAGCCAAAAAAGUCAUUUGAGACUGCACACUAGAGAAAAAUAUUACAGAUGUGAAAUAUGUUUUAAGAAGUUCUGUCAAGUAUGCGAAAUGAAACUACAUGAGAGAUUGCAGAGUGGAGAAAAGUUUUAUAAGUGUGAACAUUGUUAUAUUCAGUAUACUAAUAGGAGUACACAGUGAAAGAAAAAAACUAUAAACACAUGAAAUUCGUUUUGAUUUGUAACAUAAAUUAAUUGUUUUAUAUCCAAAAUGGAUAUUUUCUCAUAAUAUCUUGAGGAGCCUUUGGCUAAUUUAAAUAAUUUUGUCAAAUAUAAGUUAGAAAGAUGAAAACUCUAACACAACAUGCUAUAGACCAUAGCACCGUGGCCCUUAUUAAAAAGCUAUAUUGGAAUAAAAAUGGCGUCGAUCAAAAUAUAUAAUCAUCUGACUGCAGAGAUGUCAAUAAAAAGAGGAGUUCGUCAGGGAUAUGUACUUUCUCCACUAUUAUUUAAUAUAUAUUCCGAAAAUAUCGUUCAAAGUGCCCUCGAAAAUAUUGAAGGAGAAAUGAAAAUCAAAAUAGGUAAACAACUUAUGUAAGGGCAGCCAAAGUCCGAAAAUUCAAUUUUUUAAGUUUUUUGGGUUAUAAUUGAAAAUUAUUCUCCGAAAUCUUCUCUUUCCAACGAUAUAAAAUUCAUUAUAGUAGAAAAUAUACAUGGUUACAAAAUUAUUUGUUUUUUGAAUGUCUGCACUCAACUUUUGACAGUUAUAGUGAUGAAUUCUGCUAGCACGCAUCCACAGAUAUUGAUGUCAAUAUCUGUGGAUCCUUAGAUGAUAGAAGGUCCAAAUUUUUACUGUAGUUAUAAAUAGAUAAUAUCAAGUUCCUGUGAGGUUUUAUUGAAAAAUUUACAAAAAC